AUGGAUAUACAUCAAUUAGAUACUCUUCCUGAUGAUAUAUUAGAUUAUUCUCAAGAGAAAUUUCACGAAUUUGUGUGCCAGUAUGUGUGUGAAGAAGCUGCAAACAUUUUCAAAAUACAAUCGAUUAGAAGUAUGAGAUCAUUAGCAUUAAUGUCAAUUGAAAAAAUAUUAUUGAUAUUACAGUCUGAAUCACCAGCUGUAACAGAUAUCAAGAAGAAGGUUGGU